UGAAAAUGAGGAAUGCAAGGAAAGAAUGGAAGAUUGAGUACGCGAAAGAAUGGAAGAUUGAGUACGCGAAAACGUCGAGGUCUUCGUGUAGGACUUGCAGGAAAUUUAUUAAGAAGGAGGUGUUAAGGUUAGGGAAAGUAAUUCCAGCUACUAAAUAUGAUGGCCUUAUGACGAAGUGGAACCAUGCGCAAUGCAUUCUGAAGAAACCAAACAAGAUCAGUUCCCUUGAUGACGUUGAAGGAAUAGAUUUGCUACGGUGGGAAGAUCAAAAAAGGAUGACAAGAUAUGUGCAAACUGGUGUAUUCUUCAAUACGACUACAGUUGGUGCAAAUGAACGCAGUAUUGAGGUUUCACAGACUUCUCGUGCUAUUUGCAAGUUGUGCAACAAGAAGAUUACAGAAGGAGAGAUUCGUAUUUCAACCAAGCCUGGUGGAGAAGGCGCCAGUACUCUGGCUUGGCACCAUGCAUACUGCUAUAUGGAAUGGUCUCACUCUACAAAUGUAGAGAAUUUGUCAGGUUGGAAUAGCCUCACACUUGCAAAUCAGCGAGAUGUUCAUGCCUAUGCCAAUAAGGGCCCUUUCACUGGCAAUAGAGAUUUAUUGGUCGAGUUGCAAGGGGAUGAAGAAGUACCACAAAAGCCUCUCAAAGGCGGGGUUAAGCGGAAAAGAAGUGUUAGCAGAACCGAAAAGUCAAAAAUCAAUAAAUCUGAGUGGGGUGAUUCUUACCAGGCGGCAUAUGAAAGCUAUACAAGUUCAGAGAUUCAAAUCCAAAACUCUUCUGCUCUGGAAAGUGAGCUUGAGGCUCAGAAUAAAGCAUUAUGGGCUAUAAAAAACAACUUGAAAGAGCAAGUAACUAUUUCAGAGAUGCGAAAGAUGCUUGAAGCAAAUGAUCAACAUUCAGCUGGAUCAGAACUUGAUUUAAGAGAAAUUUGUGCGGACGGAAUGCUGUUUGGACCACCCGGUAGCUGCCCCAUUUGUUCUGGCUCGCUUCGUUACUCAGGCGCUGCAUACCGUUGUCAUGGUUAUGUGUCAGAAUGGACCAAGUGUUCUUACUCGACUAAUGAACCUAUACGUCUAAAGGGGGAGUGGAGAAUUCCACAAGAAUCAAGCAAUGAAUAUCUUUGCAAGUGGUUCAACUCGCAAAAGGGAUGCAGAUCAGUUCGGAUUCUACCCACAGAUUUUUCUAACCAAGCUUCAGGAAGUCAGUCUGCAUUCAAAGGUCUGAAAGUAGCACUUGUCGGAGUUUCAGAGGAUUCCAUGGUAGGAUUUUCCUAUUUAUUCAAUAAAAUGUGUUACUCUUUAAUCUUGCCAGUGCUUUGACUGAAAUAUUCAUUUGUCACACUUUUAUAGAGAGAAUGGAAGAGUAUUAGCUGUAUAUUCCAGUAUCUUUUGGAUACUCCUGUAUAUUUUGCAUUAGAUGUAAAUAUUUACUUACUUUCUUUAAAGAGAUAUGUUGCUUAUGUUAGGAUAUGGGAGAUAAUCUUUUGUAAGUUAACUCCUUUAUAUAGGAGUUCUCAUUGACAAUGAAAGACAGACGAUUCUUGUCUCGUCUGGUUUCAUUCUUGGUUUUCUAUAUACAAUCUCGUCUUGUGUUUACCUUCAUGGUAUCCUGAGUCCGGUUUUAGAUAUGCCAGACGAUCUAAUCACAUCUUCUUCUUCUUCUAAGAAUCAUUCUUCUAUAUAUACUUUAGCCUCAAACGAUGGACCGGGAACUAUCAUCACUCAUGUAGUUCUUAAAGGAUCGAAUUAUGAAGAAUGGGCUAAAGGGUUUCGUAUCUCUCUUGGCGCAAAACGAAAACUUAGCUUCAUCAAUGGUAAAGUCUCCAAACCUUCUGUUGAUUCCUCGGAUUUGGAUGAUUGGUGGACUGUCAACUACAUGAUUAUUGCCUGGAUCUUUAAUAUGAUUGAUCCAACUCUUCGUUCUUCAAUUUCUUAUCGUGAUACUGCUUUCGACUUAUGGGAAGAUAUUAGACUUCGCUUUUCUAUAGGGAAUGGAAUCAAAAUAUUUCAACUCAAAUCUGAUGUUGCUAGUUGCAAACAAAAAGAUGGAGAAUCCAUUCAAGAUUAUUACGGGAAGAUGAAGAAACUCUGGGAUGACAUCAAUGAUUUUGAUGCCUUGCCUUCUUGUCAAUGCUCUGGCUGCACUUGCGAUUUGAAUGUGACUCUCAGAACUCGGCGUAAUAACGAUCAGGUACGUGAACUUUUAAUGGGUCUCGUACCCUAUUACGCUAAUGUUCGUUCUAGUAUUUUGGGCACCGAUCCACUUCCGUCUCUACAUGCGGUAUAUUCUCGUCUCAUCCAAGAGGAGGAGGUCAAAUCAUAUACUGAACAACGGGAGGAUACAGCUACUCCAAUGGCUUUUCACGCACAUAAGCCACAAGGAUCAAAAACCGGGGGGGGCAAACCUCCAUUAAAGUGUACUUAUUGUGGUCACAAUGGACAUCUUGAAGAUCGUUGUUGGGAGAAGCAUGGUUAUCCAGAUGGUCGCCAGCCAAGACGUCCACCUGCGACUCAGUACAAAAACGAUUCUUCAUCUGUCCGUAACUCUUCAUCUGCCAAGGCGAAUGCUGUUGUUAGUGAGAUAUCAGCAACUACGAAUCACGUUCGUCUAACUGGACCAUACUCUGAGGACGAAGAUUGGUAUGGGUAAGCUCACUGAUGGGCUUUAUUGCUUGAUAACGGGGGAACCAGCUCGUGUUAAUGUUGUGCUGAAGAAAGUUGUUGCGGAAUUAUGGCACAAACGACUUGGCUAUCCUUCUAUUCAAGUAUUGAAGUCUCUCCCUCAAGUUGGUCGUAUCGAUAGUGAUUUAGAUUUUCAUGCUUGUGAAGUUUGUCAUAGAGCCAAGCAAACUCGUACUUCUUUUCCACUAAGUGAUAAUAAGGCAGUCGAUUUAUUUCAGUUAAUUCACUGCGAUGUUUGGGGUCCUUAUCGUGCAAAUCGCGCUUGUAACUCAAGAUAUUUUUUGACUAUUGUAGACGAUUUUUCUAGAUGUGUUUGGGUGUAUUUGAUGAAAACUAAAGAUGAGGUGCCUAUCUUGUUAACAAAUUUUUUUGCGAUGAUUGAAUGUCAGUUUACACAAAAGGUUAA